GGAAAUGGCUGCCGAAAACAAGCCGGAAGGACUGAAGAAGAUAAGAAAUCCAGAGCGAAUGGUCAGGAUCGCUGUUGGUUACACAGGACACACCCCUCCCAAGAGUGACGACACUGACGCCAACAAUGAGCCUGGCCAGUUGAAGAUCUACCUUCCUAAGAAGCUGCUAGAGUGUCUGCCCAAAUGUUCCUCUCUGCCCAAGGAGCGCCAUCGCUGGAACACCAACGAGGAGAUUGCUGCAUAUCUCAUCACUUUUGAGAAACACGAUGAGUGGCUGACGACAUCGCCAAAAACCAGGCCUCAAAAUGGCUCUAUGAUCCUCUACAACCGUAAGAAGGUGAAGUACAGGAAAGAUGGCUACUGCUGGAAGAAAAGGAAAGACGGGAAGACCACCCGAGAGGAUCAUAUGAAGCUUAAAGUCCAGGGAGUAGAGUGUCUGUAUGGCUGCUACGUCCACUCCUCCAUCAUCCCCACCUUCCAUCGUAGAUGCUAUUGGCUGCUGCAGAACCCUGACAUUGUGCUGGUGCACUACCUGAAUGUACCGGCAGUGGACGAUAGCGGGAAGCCAUGUGGUCCUGUCCUCUGCUCCAUCAACACAGACAGGAAGGAGUGGGCCAAGUGGAGCAAGGAGGAGCUCAUUGGACAACUCAAACCCAUGUGUGCUGGAAGCAGCCUGCAUCAGAAAUGUUCCAGUGUCAAGCAGCGCAUCAUCUCAUCCAAGCAGGAGUCAGGGGCAGCAGCAGGAGGUGGAGCUGCAGUGGGUACCGGCGUAGCAGCAGGCCAGAGAGCUGAGGAGGCAGAUGGCACAGAGGUCCAAAACAGCGAUGUGUCAGAGGGUCAGACCGAGCCCAGUCCUGGAGGAGGCAGGAGCAGAGCGGGCGGAGGAGAGAGGAGGAAUGGCAGGAUAACCAAACCCUCCCUUCUCCCGCAGAGCAGCAUGGAAGUGUCCUCAUCUACCUCCACCAACCAGGUGGAGGUCCCUGACACCACCCAGAGCUCCCCUUUGUCAAUCACCAGCGACAUGGCCGAUAGCCCCGCUCUCGCCAUUGGGGCCGGCUUGUCACAGAGCACAGCUGUCUUCAUGUCUGAGGUCACCACCCUGACUGGGGAUUCGGUUUAUUCUGCUGGCCACACCCAUCUGCUAGCAUCCACACACGAGAGCACCACCGCUGGCAUCCUGUUGGCUGUGGCCCCUGAAAACCAGAGGUUUACGUCGUUUCCGGGUGCCGUGGGCUUAGGGGAGGGAGGAGAGUUGGUUCUGUCCAGCUCUCUAGACUCUGGUGGAGGAGUCAGCCUCCCUGAGACCACCAUGACAUUUGACCCUGAUUGCUUCCUCAACAAUCCCAAGCAGGGCCAGACGUAUGGAGGAGGUGGAGGGAAGACCGAGGGGUGUAACGGUGAUGACGGAGGACUCACUAACGGCUUUGUGUACAACCCAGCCCUUGUCAACAACAUCAAGACGGAAACUACACCUCUGGAGCAGCCCCUGUCCACUCAAAGUAGCUAUGUGGGAGAAGGGACAGGCCUCAGCCCCAGCACCACCCUGGAGCAGAUGGACUUCAGUGCUGUGAUGUCAUCCGCCUGUGUCCAAAGUCUGACCCAGCCUGCACACCACCCCUCCCCCAGCCUCUUCCUCCAGACUUCCCCGCAGACAAGCCAGCCUUCCCAGCUGCAAACCAAUGGUACUGAGGCAACCCAGGAAUCAGGCGAGUCCCAGGCUUACAUAGGCCUGCCCACAGUGCCAACAGACUCUCCGGUCACCAAUGGAGACCCGCAUACACACCUCCACCAAACCAGCUCAGAUCAGCAGGGUCUGUGUGGAAGGAACGGACAAGGAACCGCAGUGGGCUCUUUUCCUCUUGCAUCACAGGAUGUGACCGUCGACCAGUCAGGCAGCAGGAGACAUCGAGAGGUUGGGGGCUUAGACAAGGCUUCUGAGAAUGGAGGGGAGUUACUACUCAAGCCUGGGGAUCCUCACGAGGCCUACACGAGUGUCGACACCGAGCACUACCUGCAACCCACAGAUGACAAUGGAGGAGGAGAGGAGGGCGGGGGCGGGGGUGGUGGAGGAGGGGGAGGAGGAGGGGGAAAUGAGAUUCUCUGUAAUGGUGUAAGUUUGUCAGGGGCCAGCAGUUCAGUUGUGGCUAGUCCUCAGUCAAUAGCUGCUGGUGCAAGCAUCGAGGGGACGCUCUACAGCUCUCCUCUUCCUCAGCAAGGUGGGGGGGUGUCAGCUACAGCAGGUGGGGCAGGAGCAGCCAUUAGUCUGGAAGGCUUUGAGGCUUCAUUUGGAAGCCAGUUUUCUGAUCUCAUCAAUGAUUUCAUCUCAGUUGAGGGGUCUGGGGGUGGGGUGGGGGCAGCUGUCACUGGGGUUCUGAUGCCCCAGGAGGGGGCAGCAGGAGAGGAGCAGUGCACAGGGGCAGGCCACCUGCAGGGCUCGGAGGUGGAGCAGGGAGCUCUGGGACUGCUCCAGGAGACUGGGAGGCUGUUUGGUGUGACAGACUACUCCCCAGAGUGGUCUUAUCCAGAGGGUGGAGUGAAAGUGCUGAUCACAGGACCGUGGUUGGAGUCGAGCAGUGAGUACAGCUGUCUAUUUGACCACAUCAGUGUCCCUGCUGCCCUCAUCCAGCCCGGGGUGCUGCGCUGCUACUGCCCAGCACAUGACACAGGACUGGUGAUGCUGCAGGUAGCUAUGGGCGGAGAGGUCAUCUCUUCCUCUGUGGUGUUUGAAUACAAGGCGCGUGACCUUCCUGCCCUGCCAUCUUCUCAGCAUGACUGGCUGUCGCUUGAUGAUACCCAGUUCAGGAUGUCCAUCUUGGAGCGUCUGGAGCAGAUGGAACAGAGGAUGGCUGAGAUAACCAAUCAGAACCCCAGCUCAGAAACCAUGGCAACCAAGGGCGGUGGAGUGGAAGGAGGAGGAGCCACCGAUCAGCAGUCUCAAAUUUCUACCGAUCAGGGUUCAUUCGAGGGCCGUGUGGUGGUGGUGUGUGAGAAGAUGAUGUCUCAGCCAUGCUGGGCUUCAUCUAAUCAGCUUGUCCACAGUAAGAACUCCAGAGGAAUGACCUUACUGCAUCUGGCUGCAGCUCAGGGCUAUGCAGGGCUCAUUCAGACACUUAUUCGCUGGCGCACAAAGCAUGCCGACAGUAUUGACCUCGAACUAGAGGUAGAUCCACUCAACGUAGACCACUUCUCCUGCACUCCACUGAUGUGGGCAUGUGCUCUGGGCCAUACUGAGGCAGCAUUGGUGCUUUACCAGUGGGACCCAAGAGCUCUGGCUAUUCCUGAUUCGCUGGGACGCUUGCCGCUCAACAUCGCCCGAUCCCGGGGCCACACUAGAUUGGCUGAGCUCUUAGAGCAGCUGCAACAGACUCCUCAAGCUCAGGGCCAGCCUGCUGACACUUGGAUGGACAGGUGGAGAGGAGAGUCACAGACCAGUGGAAUAAGCAACAGCCCUACACCAAACUCUAACUCAGAGCUGAGAAGAGCCAGAGCAGAGACCCAGCCAGACAACCAGAACCCGAGCUGGAGCCAAACAGGACACAGAGUCCAACAGGGAACCCAGGGAGAACAGGGAGGCCCACCUCCAGCCAAGAGACUCAAACCCAACCCAGACACACAGCAACAGCUAGCUAACUCAACCCCUGGCACCAACACCCUCAACUCCUUUGUCAACUCGUCCCCCAGUCCUAACCCUCAGCGCUCUCUCCUCCCCAACACCCUACAAACUCAACCCUCCAACCUCAGCUGUCAGAACGCACCUCUUGCCAGCUCCAGCCCUAACCGGCCUCAGCUCCCCAGCGCUCCAUUCUCCCACCUGCAGGCCAGGAUAGGGGGGUCUGGAGGGGGCACCAGGUGGAGUUUGAGACAGACUCUGGGGCAGCGUAGCCUAGCCAGGCGGAUUCUUGGAAAAGAACGACUGGCCAUUCACCUGCGCCAAAGAGUGCUGUCUGACAGGGGAGAGGAGACAGAGCUGCUGACCUAUCAGGAUAACACAGAGGACUUGCAGAUGGACAUAACAAUGUUAGCUGAUCACAUCAUGGAGGCUUCAACUGGUAGGCUUAAGCAGGAGGCUAUGGAGACUGAAACAGAGUCCAGGAACGUAGGGAUCAGCAGUGAUGUCAGAUUACUGUCUGGUUACCUCAGUGAGGUGGAGAGGUUUCUGAACUUCAAGCCCCAGACUCCUAGCCCCAAACCAAACUCUCUCUCAGGGCCUGAGGAUCAGCAUAGUCCUCAGGCUAAGCAAGCCCCAUCCUCCCCCUUUGACUGGACCUCCUUCCUCUGUGCAGCUAUGAAAGAGGAGAGGCUGAAACUGGACCCGUCCUGUCUAGCCAUGACUGAGGCAGAACAGGGAGAGCUGUAUGAGACCAUCAGGCAUGCUGUGCACUCCCUUAGAAAACACAAGGGUCCCAUUCAGGAACAACGCAAAGAGAUUGCAGCAGUGAUUCAGCGCUGCUAUAAGAGAUACAAGCAGUAUGCACUUUAUAAGAGGAUGACCCUGGCAGCCAUCCUGAUCCAGAGUCGUUUCCGGAGUUUCCAUGAGCAGAGGAAGUUCCAACAAAGUCGUAGAGCAGCGGUCCUCAUCCAGCAAUACUACCGCUCCUAUAGACACUCCCUCAGCAGCCUCCUAACGAAAAAACAAAACCAGGCUGCUCGCAAGAUCCUGAGGUUCCUGCUCCGAUGCCGCCACAGGGCCAGAGAGCAGAGAAAGGCCAGGGGUCCUGAGAGCCCACCGCCAGGCCCCACACACAGCCCCCUCAGCCUGUGAGCAAUCUAUAAACCCUCCCCUCCCAUCUUCUCCUUAUUCUUUUCUUUCAUCCUCCCAAAAGCUACUUCCCUUUUCCAUUCCCCAAACCCUUAUCUUGCCUUUUUCUUUCCUCUCCUCCCUCCUUAUCUCUCACCCUUUCUCCCCUCUUCUCUUAAGAGGGAAAAAAAACUCUUCCCAGACAGACUGAGGACAGGAUAGGUGUCCAUCAUGGCAGCUCAGACAGACAGACUGCUGGGUAGAGCCCAGGGACCUGGCUCUGCCCACAGCACUGAUCCUCCUCCACAGUUUCACUGGGAGGCCAUCACAUUAACCUCAUGGCAUUCUUUGCACUCUUCAUGGGUAUGUUUCUUUGCAAAAGCAAGUCGACGAGUCAGACGGGAGGACGCGAAGGAAGCGCCUGAUGCCAACAUCCUGCCGUUCAUGGCAGCGACUGGAUGCACUGAAAGGCUCCGGUGAUGAACAGCUGGCUCUAGAUAAAGGCUACUUUUACAAGCGGAAAAACAUACAAAACCUUUUGCGUUUUGUAUCCAAACAGUGAUCCAUGAAAGAAUAAGAAAACAUAAACCAAAAAACUCACUUCUAUGUUGCAUUUGCAUGCAAGGUUUCUUCGCUUAUUCCUCCUCUCCAUCAUCCCGAAGAGCUAUAGUGGCAAAUCAUUCAGCUGAAUCAGUAUAUCACAAUCCCACCAACCACUCUGACUCACAGGCUUACAAACCUAUUAAUCAGUCACCCAAUCAAAAGGGGAGGAACUGCACUUGAAUGUAAGAGGGGCAUUGUUAGAUAAUGGUGGGGGUCUGAAUAACGAUGUCUUAAUUUGUUACAUGGACUUUGUAUGGAGUCGUUCUCAGAGGCAGCACUUUGCUCGCCUGACGUGGUGUGUCCGUGUUUGUUCAAUUCAAUGCAUGUGUUUGAGCCACGAGCUCCUGCAUGCUUGCCAAACUGCUUUAGUGUUGUUUCUUUUGUAUUUCUAUGUGUAGUUGUGUCUCACUUGCGUCCUCAUCAACUUAUCCUUGCCCUGUGUAAUGUGAACUGUGUAAGGACAAAUGACUUAUUUUGGGUGCUUUUUUUUAAAACUUUAUUUAUUCAGGGGUCUAAUUAUUUAUUUAAUUGGCUCAAGAGUGGUUUAGCUUGAGACUGGUUUUCCCCCCUUGUGUGGUAAAAUAUGACAUGUUCCAAUGGUUAAAUGUCUCUGUUAGUUUGUUCUUUGCGUGAACCUCUAAAUCCUAACUGUGGUUUUGAGGAGAGAGUCACAUACCAUUGCCUUGACUUCUUCUUGACUCUGAGAGGUCUCUAUGCGUGCUCUGUACAGGACAUGGGUCCUAUACCUGCCCCUAUAACAGGGCAUUGGUCCCCAUAUUAGCCCGUAUGGGCGAUCAAAUCCAUAUUUUGGACUAUUGCAUAUUCCUGUAUAUAAACUGACGAGGUAAGGGGAUACGAGGACCCUGAAACUUUUUCAUAAGAGGACUGUAUUUAAGAUUAUAAAUUAUUUUACUCCCAUAAUGAGAACUUAAGACAGAGACCUGGGUACACAGGAUGGCUGUAUUGCUUGUAAAUAAUGUAGAUAUUACAAACGGAGUAUUGUGCAUGAGAUUUAAGACAAAGAAACAGCAAAAAGAACACGUUAGUGGCUAUGGACUAUGAGAGGAUUUUAACUGCUUCACUUUAAGAGUAUCCAGUAUAAGUGUUACUGAAAAGAACAUUUUGUUAAAGCAUGCAACUGAAAAAUCUAAUGUUAGAAUUAUAAGUGGGAAAACAAAGUUAGCUGAAACAAUGAUCUUUCAGACAAAACAUUUACACUUUGUGCUUUUGUUUCUUGGCUAGCAAAAAUUAAACCCUUUUGCCAGUAGUGCCAAUUAUUAUGAAUGCUAUUUUGCCUAACAAUAUGUUACGUUGGGGAAACCAACGCCCAAAAGAUAUCAGUAAGAUCCACCGCGGCAACACACACAGACAAUAAACAGUAGAAGAGAUCUAGCUCUAGCUCAACCCGUAGACCUCCGACAAGUUCUGCAGUUUGUCUACGGCUGACUUACGUGUAGAUGGUGAUGGUGAUGAUGCAAGUAUGAAAAUUAUACUAAUAGAGAUGAAGACGACGGUUGUUUUAAUAUGAAUGCAAUGAAUGAUGAUCCAAAAAAAAAGGGAAGAGGGCGCUACAUUCUUUACAAUGUGGUUGUGCUUCAGCAACGUACUAGCUUUUAUUAAGAGCAUUAAUCACACCUACAGCGGAUCCAGCCUGGCCUCCAGUCAAAACUUUUUUACAUAUCAUUUGAUUUUUCUUUUCUCUUCAUUGUCACUGCCAUUAUUGUACGACGUGUACUUUAGACUUCUGGAAAGCUCUGUUUAGAAAGUGCCUGCUCAAUAACAGAAAAGUGCAAGCUAAUAUCAGGAAAUAUCUAUUGUAUGUCCUCCAAAAGGUUGCCAGUUACCUGUUUAUUUUCCUAAAUUGUGUGUUGAAAAUGAACUUGACAGUGUUAAACUUGAUCCGAGUCUAAGUUUGAAGCUCUAAUUUGUCAGUGGAAUGAAUGAAUGCUCAUGGCCUGAUUGAUGCCUGUGUGUUGCUUUACAAGACAAACCACUAAUUACAGUAUCACUUUAUGCCCCA